UCACACUUGCCCCAGUCCAUGUGUUGGUGUGUAAAUGUGUGUGUCAGCUCGGUCCCAGCCAUGACUGGCAGCCGCACCGUCACAUAGUCAGCAUUUGGAUCAGUCCCACUUCACUUUGGAUCAAUACUUUUGUUGUUGUUGUUGGAGGAGAGCAGACAGAGAAAGAAUAAUCUGGACCGCUGCCUCCUGGAGAGCCUGAGACAUGGCACAAAUCCAGAGGGUGCAGAAGAAGACUAGCACCAUGUCCCUGACCAUCUCCUCUUCCUCGUCUGCGUCCUCCUCUCGAGAGCUCUCCUCCUGCUCCUCCUCCUCUUCCUCUUCCUCCGCCUUCAUCGCUCAGAGGCACUCCAGCCUGGUGCAGCCUCUGUGUGUCAGCCCUCAGAGGACUCAGAGUCCCAUCUACACUCAGCAGUAUUCAGGAAACGGGGUGGCUCCUUCUUUUGUCAAGUGCCUCCAUGACGUGUCCACAGAGAAAGGCCAGUUGGUGGUCCUGGAGUGCAGACUGAGGGGAACUCCUCCGCUCCAGGUCAUGUGGUACCGGGAGGAGGAACAGAUUCUGGACUCUGAUGACUUCAGGAUACUACGAAAGAAGGCCAGCUCUGUGUCGGUGCCCGAGGAGCUGUGCACCCUAGUGAUCACCGAGGCCUUCCCUGAAGACUCUGGUCUUUUUAAAUGUGUGGCCCUCAACUCCUUCGGGACCGUCUCCUGUUCUGCAAUCCUGGAAGUUUACGAUGACGUGGAGGAGACGCUGGAGAUGGAGGCCAUCCGUCAGCAGGAGGCAGCGUCUCUGAGACGGGAGGAACAUGCUGUGUUCCAAGAGGAGAUGGUUUCCUCCAGAAAGAGCACAGAGGACUUUCCCCCUGACCUGCCCGGCUCUAAGACCCUCCCCGCUCCUGAGUGGCCUGACAGCCCGCGUGAGGAUAGCCUUCCCAGUGCAAAUUUCCCAGAGCCUCAGCAGGAUAACCACAGCGAGGAAGAGAGGGUCCUCAGCCCAGAGAGCCAAAAGUCACCAGAGGUCACCGUCACAGCCUGCUCGUCCACGCCUUCUCCUCCCCCCACUCCACCAGAGUCACCCACUGAAGUCCAAGAGACACCCAAGAAAACCAAGCUGUUCACCCCGAGCAAGCUCAGCUUCACUUCCUCCCAGUCAGGAGGGAACAACAUGAACCUCUCGGACCUGCCAACCUUCACUCCCAGCACUUUCCCUCCCAGUGCCUUCAACUAUGAGCGACCGAGGCAUUUUAUUCAGUCUCAGGCUGCCUUCCAGGCUCCCAGCUAUGAGAGCGUAAUGAGGGAGGCCAAGGAGAACCAGAACAACUCCCAGAACUUCAGCAGCCCCCUAAGUAGUCCCACUGUCACAGAGACUCAAACAAAGAUGUCACAGAACGAGUCUUUUUCUCAAACUCAGUCAGUGUCAAAGUCUGUGUCGCAAACCCAGACCCAGUUUCAGACCAUGAGCUUGGACCAGAGCCAGGUCCAGUCUGCUGCUCAGACCCAGACCAACGGGACAGUCAAGUCCUCUCCCUCCUCGUCCAGUCUCAGCUCCCCCAUGUCCACCCCAGCCUUCUCUGCCCCACCCACUCUUUCUUCUUCUGUUCCCUUACUCAGUCCUUCCUCCCUUUUCCCAGACUCCUCAUCCUCUCUCCCCCGCACCACCAUGCGCUCCACCAUCACCCUCACUCCCAGUGUUCCCAGUGCUACUGGCCUCGGCAGCGCCACCCUACCAGCCAAUCAGGACAGCCUGUCAGCGUCUGCCGCCUACCUCUGCUCCGUGCUGCCCUCUAACUCCUCCUUCACCAAGCUGUCUCCUACCUCCAACCACCCCUACCCCUCUAUCUCCCCCUCUCGCUCCCCCCUCCUCCCCUCCAGCCCCCUCCUCCCCAUCAGGGCCUCCUCCUCUCCUUCCUCCCCGCCUCAGCAGCCUCUGCCAGUGUCCCCUUCCCUCCCUCGCUCCCCGCUCUCCCCGUCUUCUGUCCCACAGCCCAACGCUCCCAGCAGUCCGAGCAGGGUCCAGCCUGCCGUGGUCUCUCUGCCCGCCAGCUACAAGGGAACGCCACACACCCUUCCCAAGCCUAUCCUGAAGAAGUCCAUAGCUCCUCGUCCCUCCUCCUCUCGGUCCACGGACGAGGACAUUCAGGGCUCCAAGGACGCCCUGAUCCAGGAUCUGGAGAAGAAGCUGCGCUCUAAAGAGGCCAGAAGGAGAAACAACCAGAAACUGUCCUACGAGGAGCGUAUGGCCCGUAGGCUGCUGGGUCCAGACAACGCCAACUACAUGUUUGACCAAGACAGUCUGUCAGACUCACAGCCAGACCAGCCAGAAUCACCAGAAGGACGGCACACGGGCGGACUCUGGGGGAGGCACCACUCAGGGACAGAUGAGAGGAGCAACGAGGGCUCAGCUAUCCAGGAGAAAUGCUACGCUCCUCGCUUCCUGCAGAUCCCUCAAGACCUCACAGUAGAGGAGGGUCGCUUCUGUAGGAUUGACUUUAAGGUGGGAGGCCUCCCUGCUCCAGAUGUGUGCUGGUACCUGGACGGUAAAGCCAUCCGUCCUGAUGACUACCAUAAGAUGCUGGUGUGUGAAAAGGGGAUGCACUCGUUCAUCAUUGAGAUUGUGACGGUGCACCAUGCAGGAGUGUACGAGUGUGUGGCCAGAAACAGAGCAGGAGAAAGCAGAUUUACCAUGAGGCUUGACGUUCUGGCCCAGGAAGUUCUCCGCCCUCCCACAUUUGUCCAGAAGAUGUUGAACUCCAGAGCUCUAGAGGGCGACACUGUCAGGUUAGAGUGUAAAGUGGAUGCCUCCCCUCCACCACAGCUCUUCUGGAAGAAAGACAAGGACAUGCUGCGUAUCGACCCGAACAGAAUGAGUCUGUACCAGGACGGUUCGGGCCGUCAGUGCCUCUUAAUAGAGAGGGUGACCAAGUCUGAUGCGGGUUGGUAUACUCUCUCUGCCAUCAAUGAAGCCGGCAUGUCCACAUGCAACGCAAGGCUGGAUGUAGGAACUCGUUCUGCCCCGCCCAUGAAAACGGCGCCCCCUGCUUCAAAGACGCUGAAGCUGCUGUCCUCUCUGAGCCACGUGCCCUCACUGACGGUGGAGACCCCGGCCCAGCACACCGCCCCUCUGUUCGAGAGCGAGGAGCUGUAGCCCCAGGCUGAGCCGGCUUCAUCCUCAGACCGUGGUCAGGAGCGUCAGAGCGGUCCCAGCGGGCGGAGCUUCUGUCCCCGCCCUUUAACAGCAGAUAGAGUAACGCUUUGAUUGUGAAGUUAACAGCAGACAAGAAGACAUUUUAGCAGUUCUUGUCAGUCCAAGGCCAUUAAACCACCCCGUUUUUGUUUGUUUUUGUUGUGCAGGAUUGCUACAGUUUCAUUUUUUAUUUUACAAAUAACAUUUCAGAAUCAAGGCAGGAAUUUUUGCUGCUCACUUGCUCAAAACUUUCAGUAUGUUGACAUGCGGUCGAAUUAUCGUGCUAGUCCAGCUAAAACUGGGCUUUUUCAAUUCACGCCUGCAAUUAAGUCACAGAGAAUGUCUGAGGUGUACAGAGCUGUAGAAAUGCCCAUGGUCCAUCAGUAACCAGCUGAAAGGGGGCAUAUUACCAUCUAACUUCUUGCUUUACAUACGUAGUGGAAAAAUACCAACUCUUACGCCGUGUCCUAACUGUAUGCUGCACGAGCAUCAGUGUCAAAAUCUGCUUGAUUGCACAGACUCUGAUCGUCCUGACAGCAUGCAAGCAAUGCAGCACAACAUUGUCCCCGUUUCUAUUGUCCUUUCACAUGAGAGGGGCAAGGAACAAGGAAAGAGGGAGAUGACAAGGUAUCAGGAGACCCAUACAGGAAUAUUUCCUUGAUUUUCUCUCACUUCCCCCCUGUAACAGAGCUUGUUAGCUUGUUUUUAAGAGUAGAGAUAGUUGUGCAGUAAUAAUAUUAGUAACUGUGUUUGAAUGUUGCUCUGUUGUGUAUCAAUAUUUGGAUUAAAAUUGUCAAAGCCUUGCUAAUGCUAAGUUUUCUACGUUUUUCUAGACGUCGACUGUUUACCAGGGCUACAUGAGAAUCUUUACUUGACAGAUGGCCAGAUUUUAUGUCUAUCAUCAGACAGAUUGAUCUGUAAAAGCUCCAAUCAGAAACAUUAGGGCAGAGUCUGAAAUGACCUGACCAAUCAGCAUCAUUUAAGGGGAAAGAGGCGGUAGCUGCAGGCGGGGUGUAGUUGUGCUGCAAGCUGGUAAGCAGUGGGUUAGCUCAGAUGUAGCUUGAGUACAGGGACAGUUUUUAUCAGAACAUUUCUUCAUUCGUAGAAGAGCAAAGGAUUGCUCUGGAAGCUUUCCUUUGCAGGAGAGCAGCUGGCUUCAGUCAUAGCUAAUGGCUACUGUGGCUAGUUCACUCUGGUGCUGUGGAUGCUCACUCAUUGCUCUGAUUGGCCCGUAACGAAUGAGACAAAGAGAACGUUUCUCCAAUUACCCUAAAAUACUUUCUCUGGGAGCUUUCCCACAUGGAUGUGAGACCCAUGGGUUUGUGACACAGAUUCAUCUGGCGUGCCAGGUUAUGAUUGUCACGGCUCAGGGAAUCAAAUCUACAGUGGAUGAAUGGGGCGAUGUCUGCCGCUGGCGUGCUGUUGGGACACGGUGCUACCAUAAGGAAUAUUUGGGGCUUCUGUUGUCACACCAAAACACCUCAAUGCUGUCCAUCAGCUGACGUUUGCUCCCACUCUGCCCGUCGUCUCUUUCUCUCAGUAUGAAAGCUUAAACGUCCAUGUUUAACACCCCUUUAACCCUCCACUCUGUCCUCUGUCCGUAGCCUCUAGGCCUGUCUAAGCCGCAGAGCAGCUUGUCUACAUCAGGGUGCCAGAGAGCGGGGACCCCCACUGCACCUGAAGGUGGUUGCACACAGCCAUGAACAUGCUAGGACACUCACGUGGAGACAAGGACGCCAUAAGGGGGGAAAAUGGGAGAGCUUUAAGGGGCCAGCAAAAUCAUAGUCCAUUGUAAAGUUAAGCUGUGGUAUUUUAUAUUUAACCUGAAUAAUAACCACUCUUAUCAAAGAAACAAGUUUUGAUUCAUUUGUGUAGUAAGUAGUCCUCUUAAAAAUGUAAAUCCUUUUGUUUAAAACUGAAUGAAGAUACAUUAAUAAUAGCUUAAAUGGGUUAAUAAUGGCAAAAAAUGGAGGGAAAGGUAGUGAAAUUGGAUUUUAAAAGUAGCAGAAAUGGGUUAGAAAUGGCAAAAACUUGCAUAUAAAGCAGUAAAAGGGGAUUCAAAAGUGGCUAAAACGGCAUUUAAGUGGCCAAAAUGGAUGCAAAUUUAUUGAAAUUGGAUGAAAAUUGAUAUAAACCGGCAUAAACUAAACCCUUCUUUUCUGCUUGUUCCUGCUGAGUUUAUGAGCAAAGCUGAGCAGACCGAUGCGCUCACUGACCACAAACUCCCUCCUCCUCCUCUUCCUCCCUGUGUCAGAGCUGCUGUCAUGUUUAUAGUCAUCCGUGUGCUGGGUGGAUGCGACUCAGGAUCAUAUGGGAAUAUUUCUUCACUGCAACUGGUGCAUCUGCAAAAGUGUGUUUGCAGGUUCAUAUUCAUUUACACCACAAACACUUGCAUGGUCUAUUACAGCAGUGGUUCUCAACCUUGGGGUCGGGACCCAAUUUGGGGUCGCGAAACGCUGAGAAGGGGUCAGAAUCCCCCCAAAAAACUAAGAAUAUUUUUUAAAUUACAGUUUCCCCUUUACACAAAUUUAGCCAAAUUUUCACCCAUUUUCAUCAUUUUUCCUACCAAUUUUAACACUUUUGUGCCAGUUAAAAAGCUUUUUUUGCUCAUUUUCUGCCUGUUUUUAUCACUUCCUAACCAAUUCUCACCACUUAAGCCGAAUGUUGCCUCUGUUGACCCAUUAUUACCACGUUAACCCCAUUUUACCACUUUUUACACACAUUUUUCCCAUUUUAGCCACAGUUAAGAUAAAAAAGAUAUUUUUUUAUCAGUCCCACAAGUGGA